AUGCAGCGAGGCAGGGGGGCCGGCCCGGCCCUGGUGCUGCUGCUGGCGCUGGGAAUUUGCGGCCUGCAGCUGGCUUCGGCCAAGCUCACUGUUGCGGAGAUCACCAAAGAUGAUAGGAGCCUGAUCCUAGUUGCCGAGCCGUUUGGCUUUUCUGAGGAUGGACGAAUGAACAUCACCGUCUCUGACUUCAUGCUGUGGAGCCCCGGGGAGGUGAAGAAGAACGGGCCUUACGACAGGGUGGGCUUCUUCGUCACCACGCCCGCGGUGGAGGGCCAGCUGGAGCUGGACCUGGCUGAGGGCAAGUGCCCGCUGGACAGCCAGGACAUCGCCAUCACCCUGUUCACCUUUGACGCCAUCGACCCGAAGAAGGGCUCCGUGUCCCGCGAGUUCCGCCUCUUUAAUAUGCUGAAGGACUACACCGGCGGCGAGUUCUCCCUGUUCUUCGCCAACUGCGAGCCCGACAGCGCCAUCGACUUCACGGUGGAGGUGGCGCUGUACAACGUGUGGGGCGACCGCUUUGACUACCUGCCUGUGGGCGAGGACAUGCUGCCCUUCAUCUACUUUACCAUGUUCAUCAUGUUCUCCGCGCUGGGCGUGGUGUGGACGCUGAUGGUGAUCCGCGGCAAGCAGGACUCCCACAAGAUCCACUACCUCAUGAUCGUGCUGGUGGCCUUCAAGUCGCUCACAGUGCUCAGCCAGGCCUUCAUGUACCACACCAUCUCCAUCUACGGCGACGCCGAGGGCUGGAACAUUGCCUUUUACAUCUUCACCGCCUGCCGCUCCUUCCUCUUCUUCCUGGUCGUCAUCCUGCUGGCCACCGGCUGGUCCUACAUGAAGCCCUUCAUCGCGCCCCGCGAGAAGCGCCUGCUCAUGGUGGUCAUCCCGCUGCAGAUCAUCGCCAACUGCGCCAUCAUCUACCUGGACGAGUUCACCCCCGCCGCCGAGUCGUGGUUCACGUGGCGCGACAUCCUGCACCUCGUCGACAUCGUCUGCUGCUGCCUGGUCCUCUUCCCCAUCGUCUGGUCCAUCAAGCAGCUGCGCGACGCCUCGGAGACGGACGGCAAGGUGGUGCGUACGCUGGUCAAGCUCACCCUCUUCCGCCAGUUCUACAUCAUGGUGGUGUGCUACAUCUACUUCACCCGCAUCAUCGUGUACCUCCUGGAGUCCACCCUGCCCUACCAGUACAUUUGGAUGGCGGCCGCCGCUUCCGAGCUGGCUACCCUCUCCUUCUACAUCGCCUCUGGCAUCUCCUUCAGGCCGAUGCCAGCGGGCGCCAACCCAUACUUCCAGCUCACGGAAGAGGAGGCCAUUGAGCUGACCAAGGCGGAGAAUGAGGAGAACCCCUGA